AUGUCGUCCAUCUACAACCUCGAGCCGCAGCCCACGGGCUCGGUGAUUCUGCACACGACGAUGGGCGAGCUCCACGUCGAGCUCUUCGCCAAGCAGACACCACUGACGUGCCGCAACUUCCUGCAGCACUGCCUCGACGGCUACUACGACGGCACCAUCUUCCACCGACUCGUGCCCAACUUUAUCGUGCAAGGUGGCGAUCCGACGGGGACGGGCAAUGGCGGCGAGUCGAUAUACGAUGGCGGUGCCUUUUCCGGCGACCUGGAUCCGUGGCCCAUGGACCAGAGACACGGGCAGAACGCAGGGCCCAACGGCAUCAACUUCAAGGACGAGUUUCAUUCGCGACUCCGAAUCAACCGGCGCGGCAUCUUGGCCAUGGCGAACGAGGGAAGACCCGAUUCCAACGGCAGCCAAUUCUUCUUCACGCUGGACAAGGCCGAGGAGCUCAACGGCAAGAACACAAUGUUUGGCAGGGUCGCCGGCGACACAAUCUACAACCUGGCCAAGAUUGGCGAGUCCGAGGUCGACGAAGCGACCGAGCGACCGCUAUACCCAAUCAAGAUCGAACGAGUGGAAAUCUUGGUCAACCCGUUUGAGGAUAUGAAGAAGCGGACGAGGGUGGCGCAGACUCAAGUGCAACCAAAGGUGGAAAAGGAAAAGAAAAAGAAGAGGAAAGGCGGAAAGCAGCUGCUCAGCUUUGGCGACGAGGUGGGCGAUGAGGAAGUGCCGGUGUUUAAGAAACCAAAGUUUGACACACGACUCGUCAUGGACGAGGAGGAGGCUCCUGCGCCUCGAGAAAAGCCUCCAAAGACGAAGGCGUCUACAUCCAAGGACGCAGACAAGGGGAGCGAAAAUCGACCAAUGCACAAGAAGCGCAAGGAACCGUCGCCUGAGCCAUCGCCCGAGCCAGAACCGGUCAAGCAAAAGAGCGCCUUGGAAAAGGCCAACGAAGAAUUAGCAGCCCUCAAGGCUUCCAUGAGGAGAACAAUACAUUCCGAGGAGCCGGUCAAGGAAAAGAAGAAGACAGCAUUAGAGGCCAUGAUACCCGAAACGUCAAUACGGGGGAGGAAAAGGCGGCCUGGCGGGAACAACACUUCGACGAGCGAAGAGCAAGCGUCUCUUCGCAUGUUAAAGGCCUUCCAGGCGAAGCUGGAAAAGGCCCCACCGUCGAAGGAGGUGUCCAUUGAGACACCCACCAACAACGAACCAGGCGACGCAGAGAAGCCGGCCCAGGAAGAUGAAGCAGAGCUGUGCGACCUGCACUUCAUCGCAAACUGCCAAAGCUGCACCUCUUGGGACAAGCAAGAGAAGGAAGAGAGUGAUGACGAAGGCUGGAUGUCACAUGCGCUAUCAUUCGCAGCAGAUAAGCUGGGCAAGGAUCUGAGCAACCGGAGGAAAGCCGAAGAGGAGCUAGUCGUCAUUGAUCCGCGCGAGAAGUCGCGGACGCUCAAGGAGGAGAAACGGGCGGAGCGAGAGGCCCGGGCUGGAGGGUCGGGACGGGCAUGGGACCAGGCACGGAAUGCCCAGAUGGCCCGGGCUGCUUCUCUGGCCGGCAGAGGGGCCAAGUGA